AUGGCAGCAGUGAAGAAUGCCUGCCCACUGAAACAGUGGAUACAGAGGUCAGGUCAUCUCCAGCCUCAUCUCAAUUUGACGAAUGUUUUCAAAAGUCUCAACACCCUAUGGACGUCCUCAACCCAUAAAGGUCAAGUGUGUGGCCGAGCACUAAGUUAUGAAGUGGUGGACGGCACAAUUGCAGUUCAAUCUUCUAGGCCUACAGCAAACUGUGCUUUGUGUGACGGGGAGCAGUUUGCUGUAGCACACUUAAAGGGGGAGGACUGUGACCGCCUUGAGGCGGGCCAGUCAUACUACCUCAAAAAUUACACCCUGACUGAAAAGUACGGUCAGGCAAAAUUGUUUUUCAUGCCUUCCACCACUGUUUUCAAAGCUGGGGAGGUCAGAGUGUCAAGUGACUUGGAGAUGAACUGCAAUCGUGCCGUCCAUCCACCCUCUCAAGAGUAUAAAUAUGAUAUGGGAAGGAUCGAAGAGUACAGCACUCUACAGGGCAAAAUCGACCAAAUGACUACAACAAGACUUCAAAAUGCAAGUAAUGGUGCUGUGCCAAUACGGCCUAUAGUCUUGCUGGCAUCGGACAAGCAUUUUGAUGUGAUCCUUUGGAGAGAAGCUGCCUUGUCGGACAUCAGCCUGUCUCAGACGGUCACAAUUACCCACCUGCGAAAGGGGAAGGAGGAGCUAAAAUUCAACUCCUCGUCGUACACAGUUGUCACGUUCCUCAAGCACCGUUAUUUUAACGGCAACGAUGGAGGAAUACACACUUCCAUCAUCGGUGUGGAGUGCCGACAUUGA